CCGGAAGAGGGUGUAGUCCUGUAGUCCUGAGUUGGGAGUUGGCUGGAUGAGGAAGCGGCUGAGACCUGAACCAGAUACAGAACCGACAGAGACCGAGGCCAGAACACGCUGAACCAGAGAUCCAAGGCCGCGCGACAGUUGAGACACCGAGCCGCAGCGUUUCCCGCGUUUCUAAAACUUAAUUCAGUUUAAAGUGAGCCGCUCCGUUAGCCUGCUAACAGCCAGUUAGCCUGUCUGCUAACGGGGAAGUGACGGAGUCAGGAAGUCGGGCUCGAGCCGCAGGUGUGUUUUCUUCAGAGGAACAGAGAGGAAAAAGAAGAAGAAGAUGAGUGGAGGACUGAACAGCAUCGAUGCAGUGAAGAAGAAGAUCAAGGUGCUGCAGGAGCAGGCGGAGGAGGCCGAGGACCGAGCGGAGAGGCUGCAGAAGGAGGUGGAGAAGGAGAAGAGGAGCAGAGAGGAGGCGGAGGCGGAGGUGACUGCUCUGGGUCGGCGUCUGCAGCUCAGUGAGGAGAACCUGGACCGGGCCCAGGAGAGACUGACCGCCGCCCUCCAUAAGCUGGACGAGGUGGAGAAGGUGGCUGACGAGAGUGAGAGAGGCAUGAAGGUGAUCGAGAACAGAGCUCUGAAGGACGAGGAGAAGAUGGAGCAGCUGGAGGUUCAGCUGAGAGAAGCCAAGCAGAUCGCUGAGGAAGCCGACCGCAAAUAUGAAGAGGUGGCUCGUAAGCUGGUGAUGGUGGAAGGAGAACUGGAACGAGCUGAAGACCGAGCCGAGCAGGGGGAGAGUAAGGUUCGGAGGUUGGAGGAGCAAUUGAGGAGUUUCGACCAAUCACUGAAGAGCCUGCAGGCGUCUGAGGACAAGUAUUCCCUGAAGGAGGACCGGUACGAAGAGGAGAUCAAGAACCUGAGCAGCAAACUCAAGGAGGCUGAAACCAGAGCAGAGUUCGCCGAGCGUUCAGUGGCCAAACUGGAGAAAACAAUCGACGGUUUGGAAGACGCUCUCACUUCGGCCAGAAACGCCAACAUGGAGCUGCAGGCGACUCUGAAUCAGACCAUGGAGGAGCUCAACUCCUGCUGAACCUGCUGCCCCCCCCCCACCGCUGCCUGACAGGGACUCUGUGGCCCACACAUUCCUAUUGCCCCCCCCCUUAAGAUUCCUUCUUUCACACAUUCCUAUUGCCCCCCCCCCCUUAAGAUUCCUUCUUUCACACAUUCCUAUUGCCCCCCCCCUUAAGAUUCCUCCUUUCACACAUUCCUAUUGCCCCCCCCCUUAAGAUUCCUUCUUUCACACAUUCCUAUUGCCCCCCCCCUUAAGAUUCCUUCUUUCACACAUUCCUAUUGCCCCCCCCCUUAAGAUUCCUUCUUUCACACAUUCUUUCUCUGAACCUUUUAAGUCUCAUUUGGAGUCUUGCUUUAUUUUACUGUCUAGCCCUCCCUACUCCUCCCCUGCUCCUCCCUGCUCCUGCUCCUCCCUUCCCCCGCUCUUCCACUGACAGUGCCAACCCCCCCACCCCCCCAGUAUUAUGUGAGGAAGCCAGAUGAGGAGUUGCUGGAUGGUUUUUUUUUGUCUAUAAGGGAGAUUAACAGUGACUUACAGCCAUCCCCUCGUUACUAACGACUCACUAACCUCAGCGUGUUCGUUAACGGUUUGUCGUUGCACUCAUUAGUUUCUUCGCCACAUUAAUUAACGACAGAUUGAUUAGAGCCAAUGAUUUAUUACUUUUGUUCCAAGGUGGCGAGGUUUAAGCUAGCCGGUCACAGCGAGGCGUUCCACUGCCAUGUUGGUCGACCAGCAGCCAAUCAGCAUUUUUGUUUUCUACAGGUGACCUUCGACCUAAUGAUUAAAUAAAGUUUAGAAAAGUUUUUACCUGGGAGCCAAUGAUGAUGUCAUCGCUGUGCUGAAGUCACAGCUCAUUGUAAUAAAUCAUGAGAGGAUUUUAUAAAAUAAAAGCACCGCCACUGUUCUGUACAUCCAA